GCAGAUCAACGUCGUCCGCUAGUAUAAUCUUAAAGCCAAAUGAUUAUAACCGCAAAAAUAGUGGCGAUAUGUUUGGGUUUGGCCCUUACCGCCUUUACGGUAUCCACGAUUGUGUUGGCUGUGCAGAAGGCAAAUUUGACGGAUGAACUGAAUGAUGCACUUGAAAAGUUAGAUGAACUGAGCAAAACUUCCACCACAAUUACUACCACCACUUCUGCCAUCACUACCACUACCUCAACUACUGCCGCCGGUACUACACCUACAACUACUGUAUCAACAACCACUGGAGUACCAGAGACUACAACCACAGCACCGGAAGUUAUCAAUUAUAGACUUCCCGACAGCAUUUACCCAAUUAACUAUGAUCUUUAUCUACAUCCUGAUAUCGAUACGGGUAACUUCACUGGUCAAAUGGUAAUCCGUGUGAACACCACGAGUGCUAUAAACCAAAUUGUGCUGCAUUCCAACAAUUUAUCGAUCAAUAAUGUUUAUCUAAAGAAUACUAAUAGUCAAACGGUAUAUGUAAAGAAUUUUUACUUCGACACGGUGCGUGAGUUUUUGGUGGUGGAGUUGAGUGAAGAGCUGCCAGCUGCGCGUACCUUCGAUAUCGGCAUAUUGUUCGAGGGUAAUAUGUCCGGGAAAAUUGUUGGGCUUUACAGCUCUUCAUAUACAAAGGAGGAUAGUAGCAAGAAGGUUAUUGCUACCUCUAAAUUUGAACCAACUUAUGCGCGUCAAGCUUUCCCUUGUUUCGAUGAACCGGCCAUGAAAGCAACUUUCGAAAUCACGCUGGUAUAUCCCAAAGGGGGUGACUACCAUGCACUUUCCAAUAUGGACAUUUUGCAAGAAUCCGAUCAGGGUAAUUAUGUGGAGGUCUACUUCAACAAGAGUGUACCGAUGAGCACCUAUUUGGCCUGCUUCAUUGUUUCGGACUUUACAAGCAAAUCAGUUGAAAUCGACACAAAUGGCAUUGGUUCACCUUUUACGCUGCGUGCGUUUGCCACGCCUGAACAAAUCGAAAAAGUCAAUUUUGCAUUGGAAGUGGGCAAAGGAGUAUUGGAAUAUUACAUACAAUAUUUCCAAAUUGAAUAUCCCUUGCCGAAAAUGGAUAUGGCAGCAAUACCGGACUUUGUCUCUGGCGCCAUGGAACAUUGGGGCCUUGUAACAUACCGAGAGACCGCCUUGCUCUACGAUGAAGCUGAGAGUUCGACAGCGAAUAAACAAAGUGUGGCAUUGGUUAUUGCUCACGAAUUCGCCCAUAUGUGGUUCGGAAAUUUAGUUACAAUGGAGUGGUGGAACGAUUUAUGGCUUAAUGAAGGUUUUGCUAGGUACAUUGAAAACAAAGGUUUGAAUGCUGUAUAUCCAGAGUGGAAAAUGCUCGAUCAAUUCAUUUCCUAUCGUCUACAUGCCGUGCUUACGCUUGAUGCCACACUAGGCUCACAUCCGAUUAUACAAACUGUGGAGAGUCCCGCUGAGAUUACAGAAAUAUUUGACACAAUCACUUACGGCAAGGGUGGCUCCUUAAUACGUAUGUUGGAAGAUUUCAUUGGUGCUGAUAAUUUCCAAACGGCUGUUACGAAUUAUUUGAAUAAGUUUAAAUAUAAAAAUGCCGUGACCGAUGACCUUUUAACCGAGAUCGAAAACUUGAAUUUGGGCAUUGAUGUAAAAUCGAUUAUGAACACGUGGACAGUGCAAAUGGGUUUCCCCGUAGUUACAGUUGAGCAGGUAACAACGAAUACGUAUCGUUUAACGCAAAAACGAUUUUUCUCGAAUCCAGACAAUUACGAUACUGUUUAUGAAGAUUCGCCGUACAAUUACACCUGGUCUAUUCCAAUCACUUUUAAAACAAAUGUGACCGCGGAUGUUCAACGAGCAUGGUUCUUAUAUGAUCAGGAGGAGCUGAUUAUUGAAUUGGAUAGCCCUGUAAAAUGGAUCAUGUUCAAUUACGAUCAGAUUGGAUUAUAUCGUGUAACUUAUACCGAUGAAUUGCGGCAGAGUUUGGUUGAUGAGUUAAUAGAAGAUCCUCAGACGUUUACUGUUGGUGAUCGUGCUGGCUUACUGAAUGAUGCCUUCUCAUUGGCCGAUGCCACCCAACUUUCCUAUGACACAGCGCUCGAUAUGACUUCGUAUUUGACGAAAGAGCAGGAUUAUGUGCCCUGGAGUGUGGCAGCAACAAAAUUGACCACACUUAAGCGCGCUUUGAUGUUCACUGACAUUUAUGUGAAUUAUAAGCAAUAUGCGCUUGCGUUAAUAGAGCCGAUUUAUGAGGUCGUCACCUGGGAUGUGGGCACAGAUCAUCUGGAGAACCGCCUGCGGCAAACCAUACUCAGCAGCGCCUGUUCACUUGGACUCGGAUCGUGUCUACAAAAUGCAGCAGCUCUCUUACAAGCUUAUCUAGCGGAGCCCACUAAUCGCCCGCAUCCGGAUAUACGUGAAACAGUAUACUAUUAUGGCAUGUCAGCAAUUGGCAAUGAAACAACCUGGCAAGCUAUGUGGUCGCUGUUUAUUGCCGAGUCGGAUGCAAAUGAAAAAUCUAAAUUGAUGUAUGGCCUAGCCGCCGUACAAGUGCCAUGGAUUCUAAGCAAUUAUGUCAAUCUCGCUUGGUCGGAAGACAAUGUGCGCAGCCAAGAUUAUUUCACUUGUCUGCAGUAUAUUGCGGCCAAUCCCGUAGGUGAAUCUAUCGUCUGGGAUUAUGUGCGUGAGCAAUGGCCGAAGUUGGUUGAGCGCUUCGGUAUAAACGAGCGCACUUUGGGCAAUUUGAUACCUGCAAUCACAGCAAAUUUCGAUAAGCAAACCAAGUUGGAGGAAAUGGAACGAUUCUUUGCCAAGUAUCCAGAAGCCGGUGCUGGUGCAGCGGCACGUGUGCGCGCUUUGGAGACGGUGAAAAACAAUAUAGUGUGGUUGGCGAAUAAUAAGAACAAGAUUGGCGCAUGGCUGGAAAAUUACCUAUAUAAAAUGAUUAUUACCGCGAAAGUAGUGGCGAUAUGUUUGGGUUUGGCCCUUACCGCCUUUACGGUCUCCACGAUUGUGUUGGCUGUGCAGAAGGCAAAUUUGACGGAUGAACUGAAUGAUGCACUUAAAAAGUUAGAUGACCUGAGCACAACUACCACCACAAUUACUACCACCACUUCUGCCAUCACUACCACUACCUCAACUACUGCUGCCGGUACUACACCUACAACAACUGUAUCAACAACCACUGGAGUACCAGAGACUACAACCACAGCACCGGAAGUUAUCAAUUAUAGACUUCCCGACAGCAUUUACCCAAUUAACUAUGAUCUUUAUCUACAUCCUGAUAUCGAUACGGGUAACUUCACUGGUCAAAUGGUAAUCCGUGUAAACACCACGAGUGCUAUCAACCAAAUUGUGCUGCAUUCCAACAAUUUAUCGAUCAAUAAUGUUUAUCUAAAGAAUACUAAUAGUCAAACGGUAUAUGUAAAGAAUUUUUACUUCGACACGGUGCGUGAGUUUUUGGUGGUGGAGUUGAGUGAAGAGCUGCCAGCUGCGCGUACCUUCGAUAUCGGCAUAUUGUUCGAGGGGAAUAUGUCGGGAAAAAUUGUUGGACUUUACAGCUCUUCAUAUACAAAGGAGGAUAGUAGCAAGAAGGUUAUUGCUACAUCAAAGUUUGAGCCAACUUAUGCGCGUCUCGCUUUCCCUUGCUUCGAUGAACCGGCCAUGAAAGCGACAUUCGAAAUUACGCUGGUAUAUCCGAAAGAGGGUAACUACCAUGCGCUUUCCAAUAUGGAUAUUUUGCAAGAAUCCAAUCAGGGUAAUUAUGUGGAGGUCUUCUUCAACAAGAGUGUACCGAUGAGCACCUAUUUGACCUGCUUCAUUGUUUCUGAUUUUGCUAACAAAUCAGCUGAAAUUGAUACAAAUGGCAUUGGUUCACCAUUUACCCUGCGUGCUUUUGCCACUCCUGAACAAAUUGAAAAAGUCGACUUUGCUUUGGAUGUAGGCAAAACGGUGAUCGAGUACUACAUACAGUACUUCCAAGUCGAAUAUCCAUUGCCAAAGUUGGACAUGGCUGCCAUACCAGACUUUGUCUCUGGCGCUAUGGAACACUGGGGUUUGGUGACAUAUCGUGAAACCGCAUUGCUUUACACAGAAGGUGUCAGCUCGACGGCAAAUAAGCAGAGUAUUGCGAACGUUAUUGCUCAUGAAUUCGCCCAUAUGUGGUUCGGGAACUUAGUCACUAUGGCCUGGUGGAACGAUUUAUGGCUCAAUGAGGGGUUUGCGAGCUAUAUUGAAUACAAGGGCGUGGAUAUGAAAUUCCCUGAAUGGAAAAUGAUGGAUCAAUUUGUUACUGGUACUCUGCAUAGCGUCCUUACAUUGGAUGCCACACUUGGUGCUCAUCCCAUCAUUCAGACUGUAGAGAACCCCGAUCAAAUUACGGAAAUUUUCGAUACCAUCACCUACUCGAAGGGUGCUUCAAUCAUACGCAUGUUGGAAGAUUUCAUUGGAUCUGAUAACUUCCGAACGGCCGUCACAAAUUACUUAAAUAAGUAUAAAUAUGGAAACGCUGUGACUGAUAACUUUUUAACCGAAAUCGAAGAAUUGAACUUGGGUAUUAAUGUAAAAUCGAUUAUGAACACUUGGACGGAACAGAUGGGCUUGCCGGUGGUAAUGGUGGAACAAGUAAGCGACACACAAUUCAAACUCACACAGAAACGUUUCUUCUCCAAUCCCGACGAUUACGAUGGCACCUAUGACGACUCACCUUUCAAUUAUACCUGGUCGAUUCCAAUCACAUAUAAGACAAAUGCUGCAAGUGAUGCUGAGAGAGCUUGGUUCUACUACAAUCAAUCUGAAUUAAUAAUUGAUUUGGCAGCUGCACCCCAAUGGAUUAAAUUCAAUUAUGAUCAGAUUGGUUACUAUCGAGUUAAUUAUCCUGCUGCUUUGUGGGAAAAAUUGGCGAAUCAACUCAUAGAAGGACCAAAUAGUUUUUCGGUUAGCGAUCGUGCUGGUCUAUUAAACGAUGCCUUCUCCCUCGCCGAUGCGACGCAACUAUCUUACGACACCGCACUCAACAUGACAGAGUACUUGGCAAAGGAAACCGAAUAUGUGCCCUGGUAUGUGGCAGCAUCAAAACUCACCUCUCUUAAGCGCUUACUUAUGUUCACCGAAAUUUAUGUCAAUUACAAAAAGUAUGCAAGCGAAUUGAUUAAACCAAUAUACCAAAAUGUCACAUGGACAGUGGGCGAUGAUCACUUACAGAAUCGUUUGCGUGUCACAGUUUUGUCAGCAGCCUGCUCUCUCGGUGUAGAAGAUUGCCUAACAGAAGCGACUACGCUCUUCACUAACUGGCUAAGUACGCCAACUGAGCGUCCACAUCCAGACAUUCGUGAAACUGUCUACUACUACGGUGUAUUUGCAGCUGAUGAAGAGUCGUGGCAAAAAAUGUGGGAGCUCUUUGUCAACGAAACUGAUGCCACUGAGAAAGUAAAAUUGAUGUAUGGACUGUCGGCUGUGCAAGUGCCUUGGAUACUGAGCAACUAUAUCAACCUCGCCUGGGACGAGAACAAUGUGCGCAGUCAAGAUUACUUCACUUGUCUGCAAUACAUAGCCGCCAAUCCAGUUGGUGAGCCACUCGUGUGGGAUUAUGUGCGUGAACAUUGGCCCGAUUUAGUAAACCGUUUCGGCUUGAAUGAACGCUAUUUAGGUAAUAUGAUUCCAUCAAUUACGUCACGCUUCGAUAAGGAAACCAAAUUAGAGGAAAUGGAACAAUUCUUCGCUAAGUAUCCAGAAGCAGGAGCUGGUGCAGCUGCACGUGUCCGUGCUUUGGAGACGGUAAAGAAUAACAUAGCAUGGUUGGCGAACAACAAGGACAAUAUCGGCGAGUGGCUGAACAAACAAUCUUAGUAAUGGGCAAAAUUUGAUAUGUGUAUUUUUACAUACACUGCAAAUCUGCUUAAAACUAAAUGUAAUAUUAUUAAUAAUUUAAUAAAUUCAAUAAGGAAUAAGAAGUUCUUCAGUUCAUAACAGAUUUUCCAAUA